GUGUUUGGGCUUUUUUCUUCUUCCCUGACCUGCCCGUCUGCCCGACUAAACAAGUCUAGACCUUUUUUUCCCUCGUCGCUAGUUUUCUGACCCUCGACUUAAUCGUGCGCGGCACACAUCCACCCCACGUGCCCUACUUCCUAUUCCUGGCUGGUCCCUUUACUUUGCUCCCAUUCCCCUCUCAGCAUAACGCCCUCGCCGACUGUUCCUACAUGUCAUCUGGCCUAAUUGUCUAGAAGAGAAAAAAACUCUAUUUCCCGUGUUUAUAUAAAGACAUAGAGAUGCGCCGCCAACUCCCUCCCACCCAUCUCAAGGUUCCGCCAGGUCCCCAUGCGUUUCCACGGCAACAAUUUCUUGGACAAGAGACUGUUGUUGUAAACCACUACGCGGGAAUCGAAAAGGCAAUUCCGGCCAUACCGUCGCUACCAGGAUUCAGAACAAGUGCUGCUUUCCUCACUUCAUUGAGCGCCAAUCUCAGAAUCGACCCAGAUCUCCCUUCACCACUACCCACGCCAACAAAUUUCCGUCUAAACACCUUCAUUCAACCAGUCCCGCCAACCUCACUAUCCUACUCAACAUCCACUGCCCCGUACAACCCCUACGUAUCCACGACUGAAUCACACGUCAUGUCGUCGACCGAAGCAAGUGCACCAGAAAAGGCACCUGCCGACGAACUACCCCAGCUAUCCACCUACACGGCUGAGACCGAAGAUGACCGUAUCGAGGGCCUGCGCCUAGUUGCCGACUCGGUUGCACAGCAGCGCCAGGUCGCCAGCAAGAUGAUGAUGUUCCACCCUAUUUCGCUAGCCGCCUACUUUGUCGCCGUGGCUAUUGCAGCCCGGUACAUGCUCCGGUGGUACGAGGACAAGUUGAUGCUGGUCACGACCAUUGGCGGCAUCAGUAUGACUUUCCUAAUCUUCAUUCGCUGGAUGACUGGUGGCUACAUCAGCCUGGCGGAGGACAUCGACAUGGACUGGCUCGGUGACGACAGGAUGAUUGUGGUCAAGUGGGGUGAGGAUGUCAUUGGUUCUCUGGUUUUGGGCUGGGCAGAUAACGAUGCUGCAAAGAAGCGUGGCAGGAGAAGGAGGGGCAAGGCCGUUGUACGCGCUUGGACCGUCAAGCUCAAGUACCGUGGCAAAGGCGUUGGCGAGGGUCUUUUGGAAGAAGCAGUCAGGGUUGCGGGCGAGAGGGGCGCAGAUGGCAUUCUCUUCGAUCCUGACCAUGCCAACUCUAAGCGCAUCCUGCCUCCCGUCUUCAAUGGAUUCCUCAACAAGCAAGAGGCCAAGGCCGAAAAGGCCCUGCAAAAAGUCGCAGACGCAAAGGGCAACUUUCGCCAGCGUCAAAGCUCCCCUACCUGGGGAAGCAGAUAGAGGACACUGUUUUCUAUUUCGUUUUUCUUUACCGCAAUACCUCUCGUAAGAGCAGAACAGCAGGAGUUUUUCGGGCUUUGAUUGUUUGUUGCUGCAGCAAGUCUGCUGUCUUGGAAGAUACCCCACACACACAUUUCUCUCGUUGGUUGAUGAUACCCUCCAUACAAUCGCUGUUCUCGGCAACCUACUGUGACAUUUAGUUUAGAAACUAUUUGCGCUCCUAAUCAAGAAACGUUAUCAA